AGUCCUUAGUCUCCUGAAGAAAUGGAUCCUGACCCGUUCUUCUGAUGUUACAUACAUGUAUCAGAAUUAUUUAACUUUAAUAAUAAAAUAUGUUUUCCUUCUAAUGAAAUGUUCCAGAUCCACCCAGAAAAUCACAAAUCACAGGGAUACUCGACAUCCACAUUAAAGCUCUCUAACACACGUUUAGCUGCAUAUACAGCAUGUAAAACUGUGAAUGUAACCUCUUUAUACACAUUUAUUAAACACAUUUCAGGCGUUUUACGUCUAGCGUUUGUUUUGUAAUGCAGCUGUUGCAGCGGAAGUACAGCGGUGAACGUGAAAGGUAACACUUCCGGAAACAGUUGAGCGGAGGCUAGCGGAAGAUGCUAACGGCGCUUGUGAGAAUCAGUCGGAUUAAUACAGGACUAAACACGGAGGAUUUCUCCGGUAACUGAUGGAUAUGAUCGCAGAAGGCGAACGAGGCGACAAAUGCAGAGAAACGAGCGCAGAAGCGAGAUGAAGUGACCGGCGGCGGUGGCUUUUGUUCGGCGCGUUUCGCUCCCGAUCUCCCAUAAUAAACACAACGCUCCGAUUAUAAUAAACACAACAUUUAUAACGCGCCGAUCAUCUGAUUCUGAACCGCGUCCCGGUUCGUGUUUGUUUCUAGCGCAGAGUCUGAGGACCGCGCGCAGAAAUGAGCAGCUGAUCGUCUCGCAGAGAUCAUGAUCUGACGCUCCGGUCCGUGUGUCAGCGGUUAGUCAUGGCGUUGUUCCGCGAGUUCGAGGCUCCGCCGGAGUGUCCGGUGUUCGAGCCCAGCUGGCAGGACUUCAGCGACCCGUUCGGCUUCAUCCACAGGAUCCGGGAGAUCGCCGAGAACACGGGCAUCUGCAAGAUCCGACCGCCGCAGGGCUGGCAGCCUCCCUUCGCCUGCGACGUGUGCAGUUUCCGCUUCACUCCUCGAAUCCAGCGGCUCAAUGAGUUGGAGGCCCUCAACAGAGUCAAGCUCAACUUCCUCGACCAGAUCGCCAAGUUCUGGCUGGUGUCUGCAGAAGGAGGUUUUGAGGUGGUCUGUAAGGAGAAGCGCUGGUCCAGGAUCAGCAGUCGCAUGGGUUUUCCAGCCGGGAAAGGUGUGGGGUCACUGCUGCGCUCUCACUUCGAGCGGAUCCUGUAUCCGUAUGAGCUCUUCCAGACCGGAGUGACGCUGACCAGCGUUCACAGGCUUUACCCAGAAGCCCCUGACACCGAGGAUGUGGAUGAAGGCAUUGGAGGUGGAGAAGAAGAGGGCGCAGAUGAGGAUGAAGAGAAGGAGAGACGAGCGGAGAGACGUUCCCCUCGACGGCUCAAGGACGAGCUGGUGUCUGCAGAAGGAGGUUUUGAGGUGGUCUGUAAGGAGAAGCGCUGGUCCAGGAUCAGCAGUCGCAUGGGUUUUCCAGCCGGGAAAGGUGUGGGGUCACUGCUGCGCUCUCACUUCGAGCGGAUCCUGUAUCCGUAUGAGCUCUUCCAGACCGGAGUGACGCUGACCAGCGUUCACAGGCUUUACCCAGAAGCCCCUGACACCGAGGAUGUGGAUGAAGGCAUUGGAGGUGGAGAAGAAGAGGGCGCAGAUGAGGAUGAAGAGAAGGAGAGACGAGCGGAGAGACGUUCCCCUCGACGGCUCAAGGACGAGAGAGAAAACACGGAGCCCAAAGCCGUGCAGUUUGGACCAAUUUGCAUGAGCAAGAACUUGCUGUUCUCCAGUCCUGCGAUCAGUGUGUGUGUGUGUGUGUGUGUGUGUGUGUGUGUGUGUCCAGAUGACGAGGGCUUCCUCAGGAAACAGAAGCACAUGAGGGCUCAGGCAUUUGCUUUUAAAAUGCGUCCGCGCAAGGAGGUGCUGGAGGUCAAUUAUAUCGACCUGUACAUGUGCAUGGCGUGUGGGCGGGGCGACGAGGAGGACCGCCUCCUGCUGUGUGACGGCUGUGAUGACAGCUAUCACACUUUCUGCCUGAUCCCGCCACUGCAGGACGUGCCCAAAGGAGACUGGCGCUGCCCCAAGUGUGUGGCAGAGGAGUGCAGCAAGCCUCGCGAGGCGUUCGGCUUCGAGCAGGCCGUGCGCGAGUACACGCUCCAGAGCUUCGGCGAGAUGGCCGACCACUUCAAGUCUGAUUACUUCAACAUGCCUGUUCACAUGGUGCCCACGGAGCUGGUGGAGAAGGAGUUCUGGCGUCUGGUCAGCAGCAUCGAGGAGGACGUGAUCGUGGAGUACGGCGCUGAUAUCAGCUCCAAAGACAUGGGCAGCGGAUUCCCAGUGCGAGACGGCAAGAGAAAACUCAUCGGCGACGAGGAUGAGUAUGCGAGCUCGGGCUGGAAUCUGAACAACAUGCCGGUGCUGGAGCAGUCGGUGCUGACGCACAUCAGCGGGGACAUCAGCGGCAUGAAGGUGCCCUGGCUGUACGUGGGCAUGUGCUUCUCGUCCUUCUGCUGGCACAUCGAGGACCACUGGAGCUACUCCAUCAACUACCUGCACUGGGGCGAGCCCAAGACCUGGUACGGCGUUCCAGCACACGCCGCCGAGCAGCUGGAGUCCGUCAUGAAGAAAGUGGCUCCGGAGCUCUUCGACUCUCAGCCAGACCUCCUGCAUCAGCUGGUCACCCUGAUGAACCCCAACCUCCUCAUGGAGCACGGCGUCCCGGUGUACCGGACCAAUCAGUGCGCGGGAGAGUUUGUCGUCACCUUCCCAAGAGCCUAUCACAGCGGCUUCAAUCAAGGCUACAACUUUGCUGAGGCAGUCAACUUCUGCACUGCAGACUGGCUGCCCAUCGGGAGGCAGUGUGUGGCGCAUUACCGGCGUCUGCAGCGCUACUGCGUCUUCUCCCAUGAGGAGCUGGUGUGUAAGAUGGCGGCCGAUCCUGAGAGUCUGGACGUGGAGCUGGCGGCGGCUGUGGUCCGAGAGCUCGGAGACAUGAUCGAGGAGGAGAGCCGACUGAGAGCAGCCGUGCAGGAGCCGAUCUAA